AAUAAACAAAUGAACGUCAACGAGAUUUUUCCACGUGUCAACACUGUUAAAUUUAAAAAAAUCUAUGUCAAGCUUAUUGAAUUUAUUUUAAAAUGAUUAAAUCAGUGUCAUGUGGAGCACUUGUGAUUAUCAUUGCAGUAUUUUACUAUCGUUGGCAGUCUACUGUAACGACAAGAGGAAAUCUGACAUUGAUUGAAAAGAAUGUUAUUUUCGCCUGGGAUAAGCAAAUCAAAUUCCCUUCCUCAUCUUUUCAGAGACUAUCAGUGGGUGUUAAUUCAAAUUUGGAUAUUAUAGUAGAUGGUGUAACACUGUUGAAGGAACUUGGAAUAUCUCCAGGAAAACAAAAGAACCAUGACAUCAUUGAUAACCUGGAAGAGUUGCAAGAAACAUUUUCCUAUUUCUUUGGUAAAGGUUCUGCUGCAGAACGUAUUUUUUCUGAACCUAGUAUAUAUAAACAGAUCACCAAUGCAGCUAAAACUUUGUCAGGUGUAGAGUAUUAUAUUGGAGGAAAUGCUGCUCUCAUGGCCACAAAAGCAUCAGGUUUAUUUCCUAAUGUGGAGAUUCAAUUUGUAGGACCAAUUGGACCAAAACUUGCACAGAUGAUGCCUAAAUCUAUAAACAUUCCAAAAAAUAGCCAUAUUGCUGAGGAUGAGUUACAUUUAAUAAUGGAGUACAAAGUAGGACAAAGUUGGGGGGAUUCGACAGCUCCAGUGGCCACACGAUUUAUUACCAGUUAUGAUGAAUCCAAUUCUAAAGUCACCAUGUUAGAAAGAUAUUUUGAGAAUUUAAAAGAUUUUCAGCCAGAUUUGGCUUUGUUUUCUGGUUUGCAUUUGUUAGAUGGUGAAACAGAAGAAUUUUUCACGGAAAGAAUUGAUUCCUUUAUAUCUGGUCUUCGUAGCAUUCCAAGAACUGUUCCAGUGCAUUUAGAAUUAGCAAGUAUGGCAAACAAAGAAUUUGUUAAAAAUAUUUUGAAUAAGGUGCUUCCUGAAAUUACUUCCCUUGGCUUAAAUGAACAAGAACUGGUGUUUUCUGCUUAUGCUGCAGGAGGACCACACGGUGAAGACUAUGAAAAUCAUAAUGGACAACCUAUAAUUCAUAGAGUAGCAGACAUAAUUUCAUGGCUUCUUACAACAUAUGGAUAUUCUAAAAAUAAUCCUAAUUCCCGUUUGACAAGAAUUCAUUUUCAUUCAUUGACAUAUCACAUUGCAGGAGUUCAUCCCGACGUCUGGGGGAACGUUGAAUCAGCCACAAUGGCUGGUACACGAGUGGCAGGAUUACAGGCCUGCGAUGUGACUCAGUUAGAUCCCAAUAUAAUAGAUCUUCAUAUACCAUUAAAAUAUCAUCUUUUUUCUGGAGAUAUAGAAAGAAGUUUUAAUAGUAGCCACCCACUUCAUAGAUGGAAAUUAAAUGGGUUUGAAUUUGUUUUUAGUCCCGUUUUAGUUUGUAAAAAACCUUUAAAAACUGUAGGAUUAGGGGAUGCCAUUUCAGCCACUGGCUUGAUGUAUUCCAAAUUUACAUUACCAGUUAGUUGAUUAUAUUUAGAUAAUAUUUCAUGUUAGGCUGCUUUGAAUUGUGUUGAGCCCAAAAAUAAUUGUCCAGAUUUUGCCUGAAAUUUACAAGAUUUUCUUUUUCUGGGAAUACAAGAUGUUAAAGGUUGUGUUAGUAUAAUCUAUUUAAAGUGAAAUAAAAAAACUAUAGAAAUAGUGCAGAACAGUAGGAGUUAAACCCCAUUCAUUCAUUCCAUAGAAAGUAAGAGGUUAAACCCCAUUUCAUUCAUUCAUUCGAUCUAAUACAGUUUAAAUUCUCUUCAUGUUUAGAAAUCCUAAAGCACAACUAAUAAUUUUCAUGUUGCAUCUUAUUCUUAACAGUAUGUCAUGUUGUUUGAAAUGUAAAGGACUAACUGUAUAUUUUGCUUAUCACAAAUGGAUGGGAUUGAAAUUGUACAUGUAUUUUUAUAAUAAUGUUCAUUAUGCUAGACUUCUGUGUUGAAUAUGGAUUAAAAGGCACUGUUAAAAAUAUUUAUAUAGUUUUGUACAAAAUAAUUUAUGUUUGUUUCUUACUAAGUUUAUAGUUUUACAGCCAUGCAUGUAUUUAAGAUUUCAGGGAUUAUGGUUAAGAGUUAUUGUCCCCCAAGAAAGUUGGGGACUAUUAAAAUGGUUUAUUCCUCUGUUUGUCCUUCACACAUUUUGGUAGGCAAUAACUCUGCUUCUAGCUGGGCUAGAAUGCUCAAACUCUGUGUAGUCAUUGGUAUAUAGUUAGUUUCAUUACUUCAAUGCCUUGACUAAGUUUGAUAAUGUACAUUGUCUGCAAAGGGAGAAACAAUUUGAUUGUUAGAUGCUUCAUAAAAGACAAAUGUGAUCAGUGAGUGUCGUCUAUUUAUUUUGGGAUUGAGGCUUAGGACAUGAGCCUCAUUGUUGGCUUGUUUCUCUUGCUUCAAACUUGGCUAUCUUUCAAUAAUGUAUUCCUUUAUUGUGGUGAUAUUGGUGAUUUUGGACUGGUAUAUUGCCAUUGCUUUGUUAAUUUUCUGCCCAAUUACUGUUCAGUUACUAGAAAACCCAAUCUACCCAUUCCAUAAGAUGCCUCAUGUCAACAAAUGAUAUGGUUGCCAGUGGGUGUAUAAUGUGUUUGUGUGCCUCACCUUACACUUUGGAUCAAUUUUUCUAGUUAAUACAUAUGCAAGAAAUCCCAUUAAUUUGAGAACAAAAUAUUUAAAGGAAAUUAUAAACCUAUGUGAUAUAUCAGUCAUUAUCAUGUACAUUUAUAGCUUUUUUCAAGAUGGUUUGUGUUGAUUUGAUCAGAGAGUCAAUAAUUUCUUGUGAUAAAAUCAGCCCAUUAUUACCAAUGUUGUCAAAUGCUAUGGGUUGUCAAGAACAGUAUUUAGAUUAAUUACUCUGUUAAAAUUAUAUACUUAUCCAAAUUACAAUAUUCUGUCUCAAAGGUAUUUUUACAAUAUUUUUUGAUUUUUUGUCUAAUUCAGCCUAUAUCUAUAUUUACCAAACAGAAUGUUGAUACUUUAAAUUUUCUAAAUAUAUUCAUAUUAGGAUUUUUCAACACCAGAGUAAUCUAGCAAUUGGAAAUAUCUAAUGCAGAUGUGCUCAGUUCCAUCUACUCAGUCAUCAUUUGAAUCAACUCCGUCUCCAGUAGAUGUUUACUGUUCCAUUAUAAUAAUUUCUGAUUUUCCUUCUUGUUAAGUAUUAUUUCAUAUUUACUUGUUAAUAAGAAGUAUCCAAAUGUACUUUUUUUACAAGAAAUAUCUCAGAUUUAAUUGAUUAUAAAAAACAUAAGAAAUAUCUCAUAUUUUACUUGCUAAUAAGAAGUAUCUCAUAUUUACUUGCUAAUAAGAAGUAUCUCAGAUUGAAUUGCUAAUAAGAAAUAUGGCAUAUUUACUUAGGAAAUAUCUCAUAUUUACUUGUUAAUAAGAAAUAUCUCAUAUUUUACUUGCUAAUAAGAAGUAUCUCAUAUUUACUUGCCAAUAAGAAGUAUCUCAUAUAUACUUGCUAAUAAGAAAUAUCUCAUAUUUUACAUGCUUAUGAGAAAUAUCUCAUUUUUUACAUGCUUAUGAGAAAUAUCGCAUAUUUACUUGUUAAUAGGAAAUAUCUCAAAUUUAAUUGCUAAUAAGAAAUAUUUCAUAUUUUACAUGCUAAUGAUAGAAAUAUCGCAUAUUUACUUGUUAAUAGGAAAUAUCUCAUAUUCACUUGUUAAUAAGAAAUAUCUCAUAUUUUACUUGCUAAUUAGAAAUAUCCCUUAUUUACUUGCUAAUUAGAAAUAUCUCAUAUUUUACUUGCUAAUGAGAAAUACCCCAUAUUUACUUGCUAAUGAGAAAAACCCCAUAUUUACUUGUAAAAAAGAAACAUCCCUAAUUUACUGGUUAAUAGAAAGUAAGAAAUAUCUCAGAUGAACAUGUUGAAAAGAAAUAUCAUGGAUGUCCGGCAUUGAUUGAAGUAUGUUAGAUGACUGAAAUAUCCGAGGUAGAGUUAAUGUGAACUAUUAUGCAGUUUUGAACUGUAUUAACUAACCAUUUUGUCAUUGCUUUAUCCUAUUGAAUUAUAUUGAUCUGAAAUGUUAUUUUGAUUACUGAUGGAACAAGUUCUAUUCAUUUAACUAUUGUUUUGAAAAAUUAAGCGGCACUCAGCCAUUUUAUUAGUUUUAUAUUUAGCUUACUGUGUCAACAGUGACUGUUAAAGAUACAUUCCCGGGUACAAACUGGGUGAUUUAAUGGUAUAUAUACAUGUAGAAAUAAACAUGUUAGCCAAUACAGAUUAUCACCCCACAAAAUACUUCAACAUAUAGAAUCGACAUAUUUACAUAUUUUAUUUGAACCCAAAUCAAAGAGGUCUAGUAAUUUUAAAGAUACAUUAUGUAAGAUUUAGAUAAAGAACUAGCCAUUCUUGCUAUAAUAGUUCGAAAGUAGAUGAUGUAAAAUGAAUAAUUUGAAAAUUUCAUUCAAAUUACUCUAUUGCAAGCGAAGAUAUUAGCCUUUGAAGGUUUGACAGACGUGUGCAAUAAUUUCAACCACCGUACUGGUUGAUCGAAGCUAAGUCCCGGUCCUCCAUAUUUGAUUAAAUCAAAGUAUCGCUGAACCAUUCUAAUCUAUUUAAUAUCGGAGAAAUCUGAUGCCACCGAGAGUUGAUUAAGGCCUCGAUCAGUUAAUUAAUGUCUAAUUAAUACUUUAGAAACAUUUCAGGCCUAAAGAAAGACCUGCAAUAGGCAGAUUUAGCUCUUGCAUAAUGCAUGUUUAAGUUACCGUAUAUAAGUCGAAUAUUAAAAGUCCCAGUAAAAUCAGGAAUGCAUUGCUCUAAGCACUUAGUAACAUAGAUGUAUAUGAGCUUAGGUGGGUCAAGUGACGUUGAAGACCAAAGAAAAUACGAACAAAGUUUAACUGCCCAUUUCCCGUUUGUUUUAAUUCUUAAGGUAAUGACUUAAUUCUAUGUAAGGUAAUAUAGAGAACUUUUAUUCAAGUAAAUACAAUGAAAAUUAAACUAAUUUAACAAAAA